GAGACAAUGGUUCCCAAGGGAUUGUUUUUAAUUUUGGGUGCCUGCUGCGCGUCCCUGGCAUCCGCCGGAUUUGGACUUAGUCUGGAAGGCAGUAGCGGUGGUUUCUCCGCUCAAGGAAGUCUGCCUGGCCUUAAUCUGGGUGGAGGAGGACAUAAUGGAUACAAUGGAGGAUCUAUCGGGACUGGUGGCAAUCCGAUUGGUCUGUCUGCCAGCGGAUCACAUAACGCUGGAUAUUCAGGAUCGAUCCUCAGUCAGGCUGCGAAUGGUCUGCUAGGAGCUGCAGGAGCUGGAGCCAGUGUUGUACUUUCCGCUGGAUCUAUUGCAGCAUCCCAUGGAGCUCAAGCUGCUAAUGGAGUCCUGGAAGCUGCUGGAACUGGAGCUAGCAUUAUACACUCUGCAGAAUCCAUCGCUGCCUCUCAUGGAGCUCAAGCGGCUAAUGAAAUCCUGGGGGCUGCAGAAACUGGAGCCAAUGUUGUGCACUCCGCAGGUUUGACUGCUGUAUCUCAUGGAGCUCAAGCAGUUAAUGGAAUCUUGGGAGCCGUAGAAACUGGAGCUAAUGUUGUACACUCUUCUGGAUCUACUGAAGAAACUGGAUCAGGAGCCAUUGCAGCAUCUCACGGAGCUCGUGUUGUCAAUGGAAUCUUGGGAGCUGCAGAAACAAUAGCCAAUGUAUUGCACUCCGCAGAAUCGACAGAUGCCACCCAUGUAGGUCAGGCUACAGAUCAUGUGGCAUCUGAAAGUACUGGAUCCGGGUCAGUAUGCUUGAAAGCCGGUCAGAACCGGGGAAGCGUCAGUCCUGGUGGAAAUGGUCUUAGCCUAGGAGGCAAUCUGGGAGGCAAUUCUGGAAGCGCCGGACUUGGAUUUGGCGGCGGUCACCUUGGUGGAUCCAUUAACCGAGGAGCAGGACUUUUCCUUGGCUAGUUUAAGUUAUUUUUAAAUUUCAAAAGUAUUCCACUGUAUUGUAAAUUUUAUUUUACAAAACAUAGAAAUUAUAAAAACAGUCCAUUAAAGGGUGAUAUUAUACAUAUACAUUAAUGUUAACUGUAUGCCACCUAAGAGAUUUUAUUGGAUGUCUCCGUUUGUGAAUUAAUUAUAUCUCAUCAGAAAUAAAACGAAGUGAAACUAAAUAUGUGUUUAACAGCACAACUAUGAAAGGCAACGGAAAUGCUUGAUGAUGAUUAUUUAACUUAAUUCAGUUGAACGCGGAUAAACCCAGUCUUCAAUGUAUUUAA